AUGACGAACAGCAUCCUUUACAGCCUAGUCAGGCUUCACGACAACCUCAUAGACACCCUCAAAGCACCCUGCAUUCGAACUCUAUUCCAGAUUCUCCCAACUAUCCUUCGCCACAUGCCCCAAAACAACGUGCGCCGAGACCGCAGCAAACACCCUACCCUCACGUCGGUCUUGCGCCGAACGGACAGCCCUCCCCAGAACAUUUCUACGGCGGAAGCCCCUACCCUCCUCAAGCACUGUCCGCACCUACCGCUCCGUACUCUGCUGCAGGUAAGAUGCCACCUCACCGUUCUACAUGCUUGGUGUGCAGAUGCUCAUGCCGUUACAGAAGGAGCAGACAUGAUGGCUGCCGCGCAAAUGCAGCCGCGGCCAUAUCACAUGUACACACCCCAGUCCAACUCGCCGGCCUCCGCUGUCUCGUCCCAUGGACAAGAACAACCCAACCGUCUCUAUUCACACCCCGCCCACAUGCAGCCUGGGAUAUAUUAUUCGAAUUAUCCCAUGAGCCACAUUCCUACUCAACCGCCUCACCAGAUGAUGACCCCUCCUCAGUCCGCCGUUCCGCAUCACCCCAAUCAGCCUCCCGUAACGCAUCCACAGCCCCCGGGACAUAUACCGACGACCACGGGAAGUCCGCGGCCCCAAUCAAAAUUCGAUCCUGGUCUACAGCAGCGGCCAAUGGAUACGAACGCGUUACAGAAGUCGCCGACGGGGCCGCUGACCUCAUCUCUCAACACUCCGAAAACCUCGUCUCAGAAUGGCGGGACGGGUUCGCCAGGCCAUCACGCUGCGAAUUCGAGUGCGGCACCGGGACCAAUUCCCGCCACGACGCCUCUGGUUGUACGCCAAGAUAACAAUGGCGUGCAGUGGAUUGCGUUUGAGUAUUCAAAGGACAGGGUCAAAAUGGAAUAUACGAUUCGAUGUGACGUGGAAUCUGUGAAUGUUGAUGAGCUCAGCAAAGAAUUCAAGGAGAACAACUGUGUUUAUCCUCGAGCUUUUUGCGACAAAGAACAAUAUACGGGAAAUCGAUUGACAUAUGAAACAGAAUGCAACACUGUGGGCUGGUCAUUGGUCAAAUUGAAUUCUCAUUUGAAAGAAAAAAGAGGGUUGAUACAAAGGGCGGUGGAUAGCUGGAGAAACAGUAAUCAAGACUCAAGGCUCAGGAGUAGGCGUGUGAGAAGGAUGAACAAGCAGAACAUCCGAAGCAAGAAUCAACAAGCAAACCAGGGAGCAAACCCUUCUGGUGUCUCGAAUGCUAUGCUACAGCAAAGACCGUUACCCCCCACUAUGAACCCCGCAGUCUCAACGCAAAUGCACCAUCACCAUGCGAAUGUCGAAGGUGCAAUGGCAAGUGGUGCGGACGCUCUUACCAUGGAUGGCCACUACGAACCACAUCAUCCACCAUCCAAGUCCCAUCCAAGCGACCCUUCUGCGCAAAUACGUCCAGCGAACGUUUUCCACGGAUAUCCGUCUUAUCCUCUUCAGCCCAAUUCCAACGCAGUUUCCGUUCCACCUCAGCUUCAACAUAAUAUGGAGCCACAUUUAGCUUCGCACCCAGCUACGACUAUCCCAGCAUCGAUUUCCAUUGCACCUUCGAUGCCACCAACCUCGUCGACUAGAUCCAAUGAUUCUCCUUCCGACAUCUCAUCCAAGGCGGUGUCCGAAUUAUACACCAAUGUACCUGGCAAAAAGUUCAUCAACGUCCACGACUAUGGACACAGUCCAAACAAAGUCCGUGUCAAGCUGGAUCUUCGAGAAGCUCGGAUGGACGAAGUCGUAGACGAUUUUCGAGAGAGAAACAGCGUUUGCCCCCGCUCUUACUUCCCGCAUCAAAUGCCCCUCACCCAGCAAGAAAAAAGACAAAAGCGAUUAGAUGCGCGUUUCGCGGACGAUGACAACGAAGACAUUGAUGGUCUUGGCUUUGGAAGGACCACCGUCAAAAUACCAACACUUGAUGGGGAGGUGGAUGCGCCGGUGCCACGGCUGGGCAAGCACAUUGGAGAACAGGAGGAAAUGCUUAAUGACUUGGGUUAUCGCAUAAGUUGGGAUCAAUGCCAGAAAUAUGACAAGAGGGUCAUCUUUCUACAAAGAUCCCGUAAGUCUUGGAACGGCAAUCUUCCAGUUACUGAGACGCUAAUGCCUGUUUCAACAGUCGAUGCCUGGCGCAAGAAAAUCGUAGAACACAACUCACAUCCUGGACAAGAAGUCUCAACUAUCCCACCUUUUCUCCAUCUAAGGAAUGAGAGGAAGACCUGGCCCUCUCCAACAACCGACGCGACAUCAACAUCACGAUGA